AGUCUAUUGAACCUUGCUCGCGUGACAAUACCAUGUCCUAAUUCUCACUUUCGCUUGUGGGGUAUAUCCUAUAGACAAAAUCAUGUCUUCCGACAUGACCCUGUACUGGGGGUCCGGCAGUAUCCCCUGCUGGAGGGUCAUGAUCUGUCUGGUAGAGAAGGAGCUAUCAGACUACAACAGCAAACUGGUCUCAUUCGAAAAGAAAGAGCAAAAGUCGGACGAAAUCAUGAAGAUUAACCCUCGUGGCCAGGUCCCUGCCUUCAAGCACGGGAAUGUUGUUGUAAACGAGUCAAUGGCUAUCUGCCUGUAUCUUGAGAACACCUUCAAGAACCAGGGAACCCAACUCCUACCAGAUGACCCUUCCCAGCAGGCUCUGGUGCUGCAGAGGUUCAUGGAGACACAGAACAUCAUGGACAAAGCCAAAGCCCUGUUCUUUCACAGAUUCCGAACAAAACAGGAGGACUGGGAUCAGGUAUAUAUUGGAGAGAAAAUCAAAGCUUUGGCUGAAGAGCUGCCAUUGUGGGAAAAUUAUCUGUCACAGUAUGGAGAAGGAUCCUUCAUCACUGGGAAGGACUUCACUCUCGCCGAUGCAUCGUUGGUCCCAGCACUUGCUUAUCUUAUGCGGAUGAAACUGCCAAUGAAGGAACGUUUUCCUUGCCUGGCCAGCUACUAUGAAAGGGUGUCGGACCGUCCGUCAGUGCAGUCAGGGUGGCCCCCUCACUGGAAGGACACACCUGGGUAUGACUAUCUGAAGGAUGUGUGAUGGGACAGUAUACCAGACCAUCAACUGUCAUCAAUUACAAGGCUGUCCAUCAAGGCUGUCAGCACUUGGCUCGUUCUAUCUCUUGAAAAAACAAAAAGGAUAAGAGGAUUGUAGUGAUUAGCUUGACAAAAGGACAAUUACUGUGCUUUUUUAGGAAAUGUUGCCUUUCUAGGUAUUUGAUAUCACUAAUGUAUCGUUAGUUCAUUCUACUUUACGUUGCGACUAAAAUCGCUUAAAAUUUUAAAUUUUAAUUGAUUUUUUUUAAUAUUAAAAAGGAAGGUCUAGUAUAACUUUGAACGCAUUUCACAUUCUCCUAGAUCUAUUUUAUUUAUUGUAUAUUGUAUUGCGUAGUAUGUACUAGUUUGGCAUUAAAAGGGGGGUCGCAUGCAAAUA